AUGAAAAGCAAUCGCGUGAUACAAUCGCCAGAGGUCUCUUCUCAAAAUACGGCAUACGGCCAUACGUUUCAAUCAUUUCCAUAUGGUGUUGCCGAGAUCGUCACUGAAGCCCCGGAACAUGUUAAAGCUAUCUAUGGAACAGAUUUUGAAUCAUUCGGAGUCGGGCCCAUGAGAUAUUUUGGUUUGAAACCUUUGGUAGGCGAUAGAUUAAUGUCUACCGAUGGUGCUGUUUGGAAAGCUCAUCGAUCUGUGCUCGCUCCGAUCUUUGCACAAGCCACAAACCAUCAACGUAUGUUUGAACAACAUGUUGCGCGGCUUCUGGCCCUGAUUCCUGAAGAUGGCUCCACUUUUGAUGUACAACCUCUCUCUGAUCGAUUAGCAAUUGAUAGCUCCUCUGAGAUCUUAUUUGGGGAGUCAACCUUGACCCUGUUGCCAGAAACUCCAGCAGAUGCCAUGAAAUUUCUAGAUGCCUACAAUUACUCUUCACAAGGUGUAGGCAUGAGAAUGGUGUUGCCAUUCUGGGAUUUUCUAUCUCGGGAUCCUAAGUUCUGGUCUUCAUGCAAAGAUGCGCAAGAAUUUGUUGCUAAGAUACUCGACAAAUUAAUGGACACUGCUACAUUGCCUAGCGAGGAACAAAGAUACUCGGUGGCUUACGAACUAGCAAACCUAGGUCAAGAUCGAGUGGAGAUCAGAGAUGAGCUCUUAGGUUUAUUCCUCCCUGUUCACGAUGCCAUCGCAACGCCUCUUACGAACAUGUCCUUUAAUCUGGCACGCAAUUUCCAAGCCUGGACGAAGCUGCAAACGGAAAUAUUGGCCAUUGGAUCUGCGGAACUCACUCCUAAACUUGUGAAAAGUUUAAAGUAUCUAAAUUUUGUCAUCAAUGAGACAAUGCGACUAUACCCCGGUGUAAGUGCGAACGAGUGUAUUUCACUUCGUGACACAAUCCUUUCGACAGGAGGAGGGCCAAAUGGAAAUUCUCCGAUCUUCGUCAAGAAAGGCGUAAAGGUUGUACUCUGGUUUGCGUCAAUGGCUCGAUGCAAGGAUCUUUGGGGAGACGAUGCUAAAAUAUGGCGUCCCGAGAGAUGGGAAGGCGACUUCAAACCUGAUCGUUGGAUAAAUCUAUCCUUUGGGGCCGGGCCACGAAUGUGUCCAGCUAGCGAUCUUGGCGUUUUCCAAAUUGCGAAAACUACUAUCAGGAUCUUGCAAAAGUUCAAGGCUAUUCAAAAUCGUGAUCCAGUGAAGGAAUUCGUGGAUCGUUGGAAAGUAACAACCGUGAGCAAGACCGGUGCUCGGGUUGGAUUCUUGCUUUGA